AUGUCGAAUCCACUGUUAAAUGCGGCCGCUGCAAAAAGAGCGAAGAAGGAGGCGCUGGGUGUAGUGAAUAAUGACGAUGGUCAUGGCGGUCUCUUGAUCGUUCAUCCCCGAGAUAUCGGGCCGACACUAUCUCAGCCCGCUCCUUCAAACACCACCGAAUCAAUACCGACCCGUUAUUCAUCGCAGCCUCUGCAAGCUGGCCCUUCUAAACACCCAGCGAAGAAGUUCCGAGCAGACUCGGAGACCAUUACACGCCCUCCGAGCAAAUCUAAAUCAUCGAAAGCGACCCACGAUCGUAAUGAGGAUGCGGAGGUGGAGAUGGAUGUGAGAGCCAUGGAGGACGAGACAGACAUGCUUCGACGACAGUCUCGUGUACACUCUACCAUUGACUCGUCGCUGCUUGUGAUCAACAACGACCGGUCGCAGGCGUACGAAGCUAACGGGAGGCCGACAGGGCACCGGCGGAAGAGCUCUGUCAAUGGGAGAGGGAAACGGACUAGUUCUUCGUACCAAGCCACUGGUAUUAUCACUCAACCACACAACUCUGUCUCUGAGAGUAGCUUUCACAAACAUAUUGAUUGUGACCUACCAGAACCUGAACGUCUUCGACAGUUGUUAAUAUGGUGUUCAUUAAGAGCCGCCUCGAAUCCGUCAUCUACAACAUCCUCAUCCUCAUCUUCUUCCUCAAAACCUCCUCCGCCGACUCUGCCCCCGUUAUCCACGCAAGGCGCGCAGGUGUUGAAAAGUGUUCAGGAAGGACUGGUUCGUAUGUUGGCUGGGAAAGAAAUAAACCUCAGCUUAUACGAGCCAGAAGCUGCGAGCAGUAGCACGAGACCGCCCGAAGAUCUUCGUGAAAACGAACAAAACGUGCGGAAUCGACAGUGGGAGGUCAGAUAUACCCAGCAUAUCCAACAAGCUCAAGCGGAGGAGGAAUCUUGGAAGAAGGUAUCAUAUGGUUAUGAUACGUACACUAAAGGACUUCAAAGCUCCCUAGAGAAGCGCGCUGCGGCCGUGCAACUCGAUCCUGGGGCACUCUCCGCCAAAGCCAAGGGCAAACGGCGGGCGACGGGCGACCUGAGCGAGAUGGAAAGCUAUUUCAUCCCACAAGAACACGAAAUUUCACCCGAAUUCCGACCCGCGCUCGCGCUCGCGAAAUCUGUGCUAGGGCACCGCGCCGUGGGCGACGAGCGGCCGAUCGGCGGCGGCGCGGUAGCAGGGCGGCGUGGGUCGAUGAACAUGUCGAGGAGCGAUAUAGAGGCGGAGCUGAAGCGGCGGCUGCCCGAGCUGGAGUACAAAGUCGACCAGAUAUUCGCAUUCGUGUCAGCUGCGCGGAUGACGACGAAUAUUGCGGAGAAGGCGCUGAACGAGCGGUUUGACUUGCUUUCUGCGAAGCUGGCGUCGCGGACGGUGCUGCACACGGAGGGCGGGGAGGUGGCUGCUGCACCGCGCACGGCGGCGGGGCUGCUGGCGACGUAUGUUGCGCCGGCGGGGACGAUGAAGGGGCCGGCGGAUCAGCUGGACUUGCUCCGUGCGCUGUCGAGGGUGGAUCGGGAGAGGCCGGCGGCGAUGGUGGGGGAUGCGGCACGGCGGGCGGCGAAGGAGGUGCAGCGGGCGGCAGAGAGCGGGGCGGUGGCGGUGGGGGACAGACGGCUGACGAGUGUCCCUGCGACGCCGCGCAAGACGCCUGGCACGCCGAGAAGAGGCAACACUCCGUCGAGGGACCGUUGA